GCAGGCGGCCCGUCACUCCCACGUGGCCGUGGCCUGGCAGGGCUGCCUGGUGCUGUGUGGCGGGGAGCUGGCCAACGGCGUCCUGGCCAGCGACGUCUGGAUGUACCGACCCCACGAGGGGCGCUGGCUGGAGCUGGCCCCCCCCAAUGCCACGGGCUCCCCGCCCCCCGGCCUGGCCAGCCACGCUGCAGCCGUGGUCGACACGUGGCUGUACGUCUUCGGAGGCCGCACUGCCGUGGACGUCUUCUCCUCGCAGAUGUUCCGCUUCCAUCUGGAGAGGUGGCAGUGGGAGCGCGUGGUACCCGCCGGGGGGAAGGCACCUGCUGCCGCCGGGCACUCCAUGGUCUUCCACCCGCCCUCCCGCGCCCUGCUGGUGUACGGGGGGCACCGGCCCUCCACAGCUCGAUUCAGCAUGCGAGUGAACAGCACGGACCUGUUCCACGUGGACCUGCGCCACUGGAGCCCCUUGCGCGGGCGCGACCCCCAGCACGGCCCCCGGGAACGGGCCUUCCACAGCGCCAGCCUGCUGGGCAACUACAUGGUGGUGUACGGGGGCAACGUGCACAUUCACUACCACGAGGAGAAGUGCUACGAGGACGAACUUUUCUUCUACCACCUGGGCUGCCACCAGUGGGUGCCCGGCCAGGCGCUGGCGCGGAGCCUGCCCCACGAGCGGGCCGGGCGGCCGGCCGGGGGGCGCUAUUCCCACGUGGCGGCCGUGCUGCAGGACAACGUGCUGCUGGUGGCGGGGGGGUUCAGCGGGGCCCCCCGUGGGGACCUCGUGGCCUACAAGGUGCCCACCUUCGUCUUCCAGGUGCCUGCCCAGAACUACCACCUGGAUUACUGCUCCAUGUACUCGGAGAGCAGCACCUGCGGGAAGGACCCCGAGUGCUCCUGGUGCCUGGAUGCCUGCCAGAGCCCCGCGCCCCACAGCAACUGCCCCAGCACCGGCUGCCUGGGCCUGGCCCGGCUCCUGGUGGACUGUGAGUCCUGCCUGGCGUUUGGGGGGGCCGGCCCCCACCUGCCGCGCACGCCGGGGCCCUUUGGCUGGUGUGUGCAGAAUGAGACCUGCAUGCCUGUGGCUGAGCAGAGCCGGUGCCGUGUGGGGCAGAUCUCGGGCACCUACGGCUGGUGGGGGCCGCGCCCCGUGUUCAUCACCUCCCUGGAGAGCUGCCAACACCUCAACUUCCUGCCUGGCCUGCACCUCAUCACCUACCAGCACCCCCGCAACGACUCGCAGCCCGACAAGGUGUCCAUCGUCCGCAGCACGACCAUCACGCUGAGCCCCAGCUCGGAGAUGGACGUCUCCCUGGUCUACAAGGGCUUCAUCUACCCGCUGCUGGCCGGGCCCCCCCCUGCCCCCCACGUCUCCGUCUGGGCCCGUGUGCAGCGCCUCCACGUGGUCGCCAAGCUGGGCCGCGCCCCCAACGCCCCCGAGCUGGAGGAGGUGGGGCGCUGGGCCGUGCAGCAGGAGAAGGAGACGCGCCCCCUGCAGCGCCCGGGCGCCCAGCGGCUCUUCGGCAGCCCCGAGCGCGGCAACAAAUACCUGGUGCAGGUCGAGGGGCAUCUCAACGGCUCGGGCAGCGGGCAGAGCAGCGAGCUCACCCUGGUGUGGGACCGCACCGGGGUGCCGGGCGGCAGCGAGAUCUCGUACUUCUUCCUGGAGCCGUUCCGGGCGGGGCCCUGCCGCUCCUACCCCUCCUGCCUGGCCUGCCUGGCCGACCAGGGCUGCGGCUGGUGCCCGCUCAGCGCCAGCUGCCACGCCCGGCUGGGGGGGCCAGGGGGCGGGGGGCCGUGCGGGGGGGGCUCCGUGCGCCUCGUCCUCUCGCCCAGCAACUGCUUCCUGUGCGAGGAGUACCGGGACUGCCACGCCUGCAGCGCGGACCCAUUCUGUGAGUGGCAGGUGAACAGUAGCAAGAAGGGGGAUCUGCUGUGUAGCCGCCGGGGCCGACAGCCCCACGCCAUCCGCGCCCCCCACGACUGCCCCGCGCUGUGCCACCAGCGGAGCACGUGCGCCGAGUGCCUGUCCAACUCCAGCCAGUGCGCCUGGUGCCAGUCCACCCACAGCUGCUUCUUCUUCGCCGCCUACCUGGCCAAGUACCCGUACGGGGACUGCCGGGGCUGGUACGACAGCGUCCAUUCGGUGCCCCAGUGCCUGGACUGCGCCCGGUUCAACACCUGCCAGGACUGUCUGCAGCACUUCGAGUGCGGCUGGUGCGGGAACACGGACAACCCCACGCUGGGCAGGUGCCUGCAGGGUGAUUUCUCCGGCGUGGGCGGCUUCCCCAACUGCUCGGUGGCGCUGUGGGAGAGCCAUGGGCUGCCCCCCGCCCAGCCGGCCGCCUGGUCCUACGGGCAGUGCCCCGACGUGGACGAGUGCCGGCUGGGCCUGGCUCGCUGCCACCCCUUCGCCAGCUGCCACAACACGCCCCAGGCCUACGAGUGCCACUGCCAGCGCGGCUACGCCGGCGACGGCACCAGCCACUGCAACCAGACGUGCUACGAGGAGUGCGGGCACGGGCAGUGCAGCGGCCCCCGACUCUGGCGUGCAGUGCGAGCUGGGCUGGACGUCGGGGCCGGGCGCCGGGGCAACGGCAGCGCGGGGGCCCGGUGCAGCGUGGACUGCGGCUGCCACUUCCACAGCAGCUGGAGGCCGGGGCCCGGGGUGUGCGAUGAGUGCCAGGACUGGACCCACGGCGAGCGCUGCCACCUCUGCCGGCCCGGCAGCUUUGGCGACGCCACGAGCCCGGGUGGGUGCCAGGCGUGUGAGUGCAACGGGCACGGCCUGCCGGAGCGGGGCCACUGCCACGGGGCCACGGGGGCCUGCUACUGCGCCCCCCCUGCCGAGGGACCCCACUGCGAGCGCUGCGCCGCCGGGUUCUACGGGGACCCCAGGAACAUGGGCACCUGCUACCGGGCGUGUGAGGGGCGCUCGCUGCUGGCCAACCUCUCGGGUUUGGGGUCCCUGGGCUCCCGGCGGGCAGGGGGGGUGACCAGCGACCUGGCCCACUGCCUGUGGGUGCUAUCGGCCUCGCCCGGCCUGGAGCCCUGCCCGCCUGCCCAGCCCUGCCCCACCAUCAGCCUGACCCUGCAGCCCGACCUCAGCACCCCCUGCAUGCACAGCUACGCCUACGCCUUCGACGGGCUGCCGGCCUUCCUGGACAGUGGGGAGAUCCAGGCCGACCGGACCCUCAUCGGCGCCUUCUGCGGGCAGGGCCGCGCCCAGCCCCUCACCGUGGAGGCCACGUCAGGGCUGCUGGUUCUGUACUACGAGGCGAACUCUAGCGAGGCCUCAGGCUUCAACGCCACCUUCGCGGUGCAUCGCUGCCAGCCCGGCUGCCGGCCCACCCAGGAGUGCAGGGGCGGGCGCUGCGUGUGCCGGGGGGGCUACGCCGGGCCCCACUGCCAGCUGCGGGUCUGCCCUGGGAACUGCUCCGCCCACGCCGGCCAGGGCGUCUGCAACAUGAGUCUGGGUCUCUGCAUCUGUGGUGAGGGGUUUGGGGGCGCGGAUUGUUCGGUGCCGCUGGACCCGGGGAAGAUCGUCUGGGAGACGCUGAUUGACAGCCAGCUGACGCCCGACACGGCCAGCCGGUUCCUGCACCGCCUGGGCCACACCAUGGUGGAGGGGCCGGAGGCCACGCUCUGGAUGUUCGGGGGCCUGUCCCUGCGCCAGGGGCUGCUGGGCAACGUCUACAGGUACUCCAUCCCGGAGCGCCGCUGGACCCAGAUGCUGGCUGGGACAGAGGAUGGGGGGCCGGGGCCCAGCCCCCGCUACUUCCACGCCGCGGCCUACGUGCCGGCGCGCCAGGCCAUGGUGGUGCUGGGGGGGCUGGCGGCCGGCGGCGUCGCCAGCGACUGCUGGGUGCUCAACCUCACCACGCUGCAGUGGAGGCAGGAGCAGGACCCCCUGCUCCCGGCCGUGGCGGGACACACGCUGACCCCCCGGCGCGGCACCUCCCUGCUGCUCAUCGGCGGCUACUCCCCGGCCGACGGCUUCAACAAGCAACUGCUGGAGUACGGCGUGGAGAGCGAGCGCUGGCAGGCGGGGCCGGCAGCCGGGACCCCCCCCACCGGGCUGUACGGGCACUCGGCCGUGUACCACGAGGGCACAGACGCCGUGUACGUUUUUGGGGGGCAGCGUUUCCACGUGGAGACGGUGUCGGCCUCCCCCGAACUCUACAGCCUGCACUGCCCCAGCCGGACCUGGAGCCUGCUGGCCCCCGCCCAGGGCCCCAAGCCGCUGUCUCACUUCUUCCACGCGGCGGCCGUGCUGCGGGACACCAUGGUGGUGGUCGGGGGCCGCACGGAGACCCAGGACUUCACCAGCCACCUGCUGCUUUACCAGCUCAACUGCAACACCUGGAUCCUGCCCAACCAGACGGGCCUGGCGGUGGUGGACGUGCCCAUGAACGAGUCGGUGGCCCACGCGGUGGCCGCGGUCGGGGGCCGGAUCUACGUCUCCGGGGGGUUCAGCGGGGUGGCGCUGGGGCGCAUGGCCGUGCUGACGGUGCCCUCUGACCCCUGCCUCGUCUUCCCCGGCCCCGACGCCUGCAACCGCUCGAGCGCCAGCUGCACCUGGUGCCGCGGCAGCUGCCUGUCCGCCGACGCCGCCGAGAGGCUGGGCUGCCCGGCCGGGGCGGCCGCCUGCUUCCCCACACCGCGGUCGGCAGACGAGUGCCGACGCCUGAGGACCUGCAGCGAGUGUCUGGCCCGGCACCCCCGUGCCAUGAGCCACGGGUCGGGCACCACGGCGCCCCCGCAGUGCAAGUGGUGCACCAACUGCCCCGAGGGCGCCUGCAUCGGCAGCGCCGGGAGCUGCACGUCGGAGAACGACUGUCGCAUCAACCAGCGCGAGAUCUUCGUGGCCAGCAACUGCUCGGAGAUCUCGUGCGAGGCGGCCGACUGCCCGGCCUGCACCGCCUCCGGCAAGUGCAUGUGGACGCGCCAGUUCAAACGCACCGGCGAGACGCGGCGCAUCCUGAGCGUGCAGCCCACCUACGACUGGACGUGCUUCAGCCACUCGCUGCUCAACGUCUCCCCGAUGCCCGUGGAGUCCUCGCCCCCCCUGGCCUGCCCCACACCCUGCCACAACCACAGCUCCUGCCACGCCUGCCUCGGCUCCAAGGGGGCCGACGGGGGCUGGCAACACUGCGUCUGGAGCGUCAGCCUGCGCCAGUGCAUGAGCCCCACCUACCUGCCCAUGCGGUGCCUGGCAGGGCUGUGCGGGCGGGUGCUGAGCGGGACCGAGAGCUGCGCCCCCCCCUGCGCCCGCGCCCUGCAAUGCGCCCGCUGCACCCGCCAGCCCCGCUGCGGCUGGUGCGGCCGCCCCGGCGAGAACGGCCACGGGCGCUGCCUGGAGGGGGGGCUGGGCGGGCCCCGGCACGGGCUGGCGCAGGCCUGCGGGCCGGGGGCCACCUGGUCCUUCCUGUCGUGCCCCCCGGAGAACGAGUGUCUGAACGGGCACCACGACUGCAACGAGACGCAGACCUGCCACGACCGGCCCCACGGCUACGAGUGCGCCUGCAAGGCCGGCUACACCCUGCACACCGCCUCGGGGCUGUGCCGGCCGGUCUGCCAGCAGGGCUGUGUGAACGGGACGUGCGUGGAGCCCAACCGGUGCCGCUGCCACUUCGGCUACGUGGGCGAGAACUGCUCGGUGGAGUGUCGGUGCAACCGGCACAGCGACUGCGCCGGCGUCGGGGCGCGGGACCAGUGCCUGGAGUGCGCCAACCACACCAUGGGGGCGCACUGUGAGAAGUGCCGGCCGCUCUUCGUGGGCUCGGCGCUGAAUGGGGGGACCUGCCGGCCCUGCCGCGUGUUCUGCCGCGGGAACAGCGACGUCUGCAUCUCCCGCGAGGAGCUGGCGGCCGCCCGGCGAGACCCUGCCCGCUUCCCGCUGGAGCCUUCCCUGGUCCCCAGCUGGGUGGCCGAGGGGCCGGCCGAGGACGUGGCCGUCUGCGUGAGCUGCCAGAACAACAGCUUUGGGGAGAAGUGUGAGAACUGCCUGCACGGCUACUUCCUGCUGGAGGGCAGGUGCACCCGGUGCCAGUGUAACGGCCACGCGGACACGUGUAACGAGCUGGACGGGACGGGCUGCCCCUGCCAGAACAACACGGAGACGGGCCCCUGCCAGAACAGCGCCCAGGCUGACAAGAGGGACUGCUACAAGUACCAGUGCGCCAAGUGCCGGGACUCGUUCCACGGGGCGCCGGUCGGGGGGCUCCAGUGCUACCGGCUCAUCUCGGUGGAGCAGGAGUUCUGCUUCGACCCCACCUCGCAGAGCAACUGCUUCCACCAGCCCAACCUGCAGCACCUGGCGCGCGGCCGCACCGUGCUCUUCGGGGUGCAGCCCAAGUUCACCAACGUCGACAUCCGCAUCACCGUGGACGUCACCUUCGGCGCCGUCGACCUCUUCGUCUCGCCCGCCUACGACACCUUCGCGGUGGAGGUGGACCGGGCCACGGGGGUGCACGCCGUGCGGGUGCUGCCGCCGGGCGGGGCCGAGGGGGGGCCCAACGGCACGGCCCCCCCCCGGCUGCGGGAGGAGCGCCCCCGCGGGCUCAUCACCUACCUGACGGUGCGGGAGCCGCAGGCCGUGCUGGUGGUGCGAGGCGUGCGAGACCGGGUGGUGGUGACCUACCCGCACGAGCGGCACGCACUCAAGUCGAGCCGCUUCUACCUGCUGCUGCUGGGGGUGGGCGGCGGCGGCCGGAACGGCAGCAACGGCAACGGCGGCGCCUCGCAGGGGCUGCUCUUCUUCCGGCAGGACCAGGCCCACAUCGACCUCUUCGUCUUCUUCUCCGUCUUCUUCUCCUGCUUCUUCCUCUUCCUCUCGGCCUGCGUCCUGCUCUGGAAGGCCAAGCAGUGCCUGGACCUGCGGCACGAGCAGCACCGCCAGCUGCAGGAGAUGACCAAGAUGGCCAGUCGCCCCUUCGCCAAGGUCACCGUCUGCUUCGAGCCGGAGCCCCCGGCCGCCGACCGGCUCUUCCUGCCGGCCCGGCCCCCCAGGCCGCCCGCGCCCCCGGCCCGGCUCAAGCCCUACCCCGAGGCCCCCUACGGGCCCCACCUGCGCCGCUCCGAGCCCUUCCUGGCCCAGCUGCUGGGCUGCGCCUGCCCCAGCCCCGGCUUCCGCGUGGGCCCCGUCACGCUGGAGCCCACGGACGACGGCCUGGCCGGCGUGGCCACCGUGCUGCUGCAGCUGCCGGGCGGCAGCCAGGCCCCCAACCGCUCCUGCCUGGGCUCCGCCCUGGUGACCCUGCGCCACAACCUGCAGGACUAUUGUGGGGGCGGCAGCCACGGGGCCGGCGGCGUCCGGAAGGGGCUGCUGAGCCACGACAACCUCACCAGCAUGUCGCUGUGACCCCCCCCACACUGGCCUGUCGCCGGGAUCGGCCAGGAGCCCCCCCCACCCGCCAGCAUC